AUGGAGCAACCACAACAUCAUCACCAUCAUCUCCAACAAACCGACCAAGAAAGCGGCAACAAUAACAAGUCCGGCUCCGGUGGUUAUACGUGUCGUCAGACAAGCACUAGAUGGACACCAACAACGGAGCAAAUCAGAAUCCUCAAAGAUCUGUACUACAAUAGCGGAGUUCGGUCACCAACAGCCGACCAGAUCCAGAAGAUCUCUGCACGGCUGAGGCAGUACGGAAAGAUCGAGGGUAAGAACGUCUUCUACUGGUUCCAGAACCAUAAGGCUCGUGAGCGACAAAAGAAGAGAUUCAACGGCACAACCAUGACCACACCAACAUCUUCAUCCCCCAACUCGGUUAUGAUGGCUAACGACCAUUAUCAUCAUAACCAUCAUCCUCUUCUUCAGCAUCAUCAUCAUGGUGUUACCUUGCAUAGGCCUGCUUCGGUCAAUAUUAAGCUUGACCAAGAAAAUCAUCUCCUUCACCAAAACAGAUCAUAUCCCACCUUCCAUAACGGGAAUUUAAAUCAUGCAAGUUCAGGCACUGAAUGUGGUGCUUUCAAUGCUUCUAAUGGCUACAUGAGUAGCCAUCUCUAUGGAUCUAUGGAACAAGAUUAUUCAAUGAGCUACAACAACGGAGGUGGAGGAUGGACAAGCAUGGAUCAAAACCAUCACUACUCAGCUCCAGCUUACAACUUCUUUGAUAGACCCAAGCCUCUCUCUGGACUGGAAGAUCAUGAAGAAGGAGAAUAUGGUGGUGAUGCUUAUCUGGAACAUAGACGGACACUUUCUCUCUUCCCUAUGCACGGUGAGGAUCACAUCAACGGAGGUGGUGGUGGCUUUCUGAAGUAUGGACAAUCGGACGGUCGUGAUUAUUACGGUAGAGGCCCUUGUGCUUCACUUACGCUAUGUCUAAACUCCUACGCAGGCGUCCCACCGGAUUAA